UUUAAGUGGGUAUUUAUAGUCCCGAAAUGAGCUCCCAACAAUUGGAGACCAAUGGUCUAGUCUUCGAAGAGAAGCCAUUGCAUGUGCCUCCAUUGACUGAAUUACAGAGCGUAAUACAGGGUGCUCUUGGCCAAAAUUUUGCCACAGUCGAGGUGAGUGUGGGGGCUUGUCCGGAUCUGAAAUUGCCACCUUAUGGUCUAGUUGAAAGCGGUUUGGGUGGACGACCCACUUUACUAGAGGCUGGAGGUCCACCAUUUCUACGUCCACUUGUUAAUCGAGAGAAACUUUAUAAUGUUCACGAGAUAACACGUAAAAUACAAGGACCAGGGAAAAUCUUUGCCAUUGGUGCUGGUGCCGGACCCUGGCCCAUACGCAACUCCAAUUGUGAGGGUAUCUACAAUCUGUCAGUAAGUGAAGAUGAUAUCCUAACCAAUGGUAGCUAUACGGCAACGGUGAGGGGCGAUCAAGAGGAAUGUGUCCUAGAGAAGAUACCAAAUGAAGAGCCACGUUGUGCCCUCAUGAUGAAUCUGUUCCUUAGCCAAGGUCUACCCGGUGAUGUACUCCAUAUCAAAGCCAAGUGUCGUACGGGUGAAAAGAACUUUAUCGACGCCAUACGCCAGGGCCUGGAGGAGCACUACGGCAAUGAACGGAUUAUUGGUUUGGGUGGCCUAUUUCUGGUCAAAACGGGAUUGGUCCAUCAGCAUGUGAUGCGUGACUUUAGCAAGACACCGAUUACCACACCUGAACAGGUGAAGCAAUGGCUUAAAUUCUAUGAGAUGCCAGCUCAAUUGAAUGCUGUUGGCACUCUGGUGACCAAAGAUUACGGUUUGGACUUGCGUCUACAGCAUUUCCAUUCGUUCUCCUUCAGCAAUUGGGGAGGUCAUUAUCAUUAUGAUACAACACCCGAUAUUGUGGAAUAUGAGGCCUAUUUGAAUGUGGCUGAGCGAAUUGUUCGUGUGGAUAAACCCCCACAUCUUGGUGACAGACCGAGUGGUUAGAGAUUAGAUUAGAUCUCCAUCAUAAAUAUUAAUGAGUUUAACCAAAAGAUAUAUACUACAUAUAAUGAAAACUGUUAAGUUAAGUGAUUAGCAGAAUUUCAAAAUGCUCAAGGCAAUGGGAUGGGGUUUUAUGUAAUUGCCCAAAAAAAAAUAAAAACAACUUUCUUCUUUUAAACA